GCCUUCAGUUAAUAAAUAGCGGGGCGCCUUGAGCCCAGAGAGUUAACGCAAUAACGGAGACCGUGAGAGUUGCAUCUGCCCGAAGCACACGUAUAAAUACGAAUGAACUUUGAUAUGUACUCCAAAACUGGUGGACCGCGCCGAGGAAGAUCUUUCGACUCCGUAAACACAUGCUACGAGGACAAACAACUCAACUAUGAGAUGAACAAGGCCAACUUCAGCAAGAUCGAAGAAAAUAAAAAACUGACAUCCCCCAGGAAGGGCCAUGCUGCCAUUCUCUUCUCUCUGAAGAAUGAGGUCGGCGGGCUGGUGAAAGCCCUCAAACUCUUCCAGGAAAGUCACUACAACAUUGAGGCUCGUAAGCGGCGAAACUCUGAGUUUGAGGUGUUUGUGGACUGCGACAGCGACCACCAGCAGCUUAGGGACGUGAUUCAGCUUCUGCAGAAGCACAUGAACCUCGCUGACAUGGACCUCAAAGACAACUUCAGCCUGCCUGACGAUGAUAUGGAUGGAGUCCCAUGGUUCCCCAAGAAGAUUUCCGAUCUGGAUCAGUGCUCGAAUCGGGUUCUGAUGUACGGGUCAGACCUUGACGCAGAUCAUCCUGGUUUCAAAGACAACGUGUAUCGCAAGAGAAGAAAGUACUUUGCAGACUUGGCCAUGGGCUACAAACAUGGUGAGUCCAUCCCACAUGUGGACUUUACAGCGGAGGAGGUGCAGACAUGGGGGGUGGUGUACCGGGAGCUGAAUAAGCUGUACCCCACCCACGCCUGCCGGGAAUACCUGAAGAACCUGCCCCUGCUCUCACAGCACUGCGGGUACCGCGAGGACAACAUUCCACAGCUGGAGGACGUGUCGCGCUUCCUCAGAGAGCGCACUGGCUUCACCAUUCGGCCGGUGGCUGGCUACCUCUCUCCACGUGACUUCCUUGCUGGCUUGGCGUUCCGCGUGUUCCAUUGUACCCAGUAUGUACGUCACAGAUCAGAUCCUCUCUACACACCUGAACCAGACACGUGCCAUGAGCUGCUGGGCCAUGUGCCGCUGCUGGCAGAACCCAGUUUUGCUCAGUUCUCUCAGGAGCUCGGUCUCGCUUCCCUGGGCGCCUCCGACGACUCCGUCCAGAAGCUCGCCACCUGUUACUUCUUCACGGUGGAGUUUGGCCUGUGCAAACAGGAGGGGCGACUCCGAGCGUAUGGAGCUGGUCUGCUGUCUUCCAUCAGUGAGCUGAAGCAUGCUUUGUCUGGCAAAGCAAACAUCCUGCCCUUUGACCCCGAUGUCACGUGUAAGCAGGAGUGCCUCAUCACCACCUUUCAGGACGUCUACUUCCUGUCUGGGAGCUUUGAGGAAGCCAAAGUCAAGAUGAGGGAGUUUGCUAAGACGAUCAAGCGUCCGUUUACGGUGCGCUACAACCCCUACACACAGAGUGUGGACGUGCUGAAGGACAUGCCCAGCAUCAACAGCGUGGUGGAGGAGCUCCGGCACGAGCUGGACAUCGUGGGAGACGCCCUGCAGAGGCUCAACCAGCACAUGGCAGUCUGAUCACCGCACCGCACCGCACCGCACCGCACCGCACCGCACCGCACGCCUGUACUUGUACCCUGAAACACUUGGGGCUCUGAUCACCCCGCUGUGCCAUCUAUGUCCUGUACCCCACAAUACCAGGGGGUCUAAUCAACCUGCUGCACCCCUAACCAUGCACCCCUGAACCCCUGACCUCUGAUGAGUCCCACUGCACCCCUUAACCUUGUAGCCCCGUACCCCACCACCACACCCACCCCACCCUAACUGCACCCCAAACACACCGCACAGUCCCACACCACCCCACGUCAGGUUCAUUUAGCUCUCCUUCAGCGGACCAUAAACCACCAACAUAGCAUUUGAGGAUGUAAUCAAAGCAAGCUACCUACAAAACACACGUCCCCCGGCACUGCUGCUACUCCUCCACCUCUGUUUCUCUCUGUGUGCCACUCCAACCACCCCAUCCACCCCCCUGUGCCACCCCAUACCAACCCAAUCCCUCCCCUGUGCUACCCCAUACCACCCCAAUGUCCCCCUAUACCACCCCCUGUACCCACUCCAAUGCUCUCCCUUGCCAUCCCAUGCCCUGAACAACACCAUACCACCGCCUGUACCCACCCCAAUGCCCCCCCCCGUGCCACCCCAUGACAGCCCUGUGCCCGCACAUGUACCCCCUCCCCGGUUGCCCUGUACCCAUCAUCCCCACACACCUUUGCCAAAGAAUCACUGAGCACCAAAGAUACUCAGCACAAUUCAAUCAGUGAAGUGUGUUCAGUUAAGUGUGUUAAUGUGUGCUUGUCUGUCCUGCACUUUGUCUUUCUAUGGCAAUGUACUGAUAAGAUGUUAAUGUUCAAUGAGAAAAGAAUAAAAUUAAUGAAAUAUGAA